AUGGCACUCAGAAGACAUGUAAAAAACUUUGUGAAAAAUUAUUCUGAAGCUGAGGUAAAAGUCAGAGAAGCAACUUCUAAUGACCCUUGGGGCCCUUCUAGUUCUCUAAUGAUAGAGAUAAGUGACCUAACUUACAACACAAUUUCCCUUUCUGAGAUUAUGAACAUCAUCUGGCACAGGAUGAAUGACCAUGGAAAGAACUGGAGGCAUGUAUACAAAUCUCUUACACUUUUGGACUAUCUCAUCAAGAAUGGAUCAAAGAAAGUCAUACAACAUUGUCAAGAGGGUUUCUUUAACAUUCAGGUAUUAAAAGAUUUUCAUCAUCUAGAUGAAGCAGGAAAAGAUCAAGGUUUCCAUGUGAGGGAGAAGGCUAAGCAAGUUCUUGCUAUUUUAAAAGAUGAACAACUGAUGCAUAAUGAACGUGAAAUUGCACGCCGGACUAGACGGCGCAUUUCACAUGCAAUGCUUUUCUCCCAGAAGCCUUCUAACAAAGCUUAUGUACCAGCUACCCUUGGCUCAGAUCCCAUUUCAGAACUCCCUCCAUCAGAAAAUGUCCAACAUUUGCUGCCUAGAGCAUUACCUGCAGCAGAGCAAAACCAGCAGACAGGCAAAGCAGAAAUAGCCCAAGAAGCAACAGCACUGAAUAUCAUUGCAAAGAAAUCAUCAGAGAUCCACUCUGCUGUAUCACCAAGUUCACCAACCCCUCCUCCCCUAAUUGAGGUUGUGGCUUUUAAGGACUUGAUUACCUUUAGCGAGGAUGAAUCCUGUCCUGUGGCUGUGGAAUCAACAUUUCCAGCUACUGUCUGUAAAGAGGAAUUGGCAAAAGGUACAAAGGCACCUGCUAAUAACUCCUGGAAUACAGGUACUGUUUUGAGUCCAUCAGAAAGAAAUCCGCUCCCUUUGCAAAAGUGGGAUUCAGGCAGAAAAUCGAAGAAUUCAGUUGUUUCCAGAAUUAUGCUGAAAUCUCCAAAGAGGCCAUCAAGCAUAAAUAGUCAUCAAAUUGCCACAACUUUGCUUGAUCUUUGGUCAUCCAGUCCAGAGGAGUUUGUUGCUAUUAACAAACAGCAAAUCCCCAAGUCUGAUUUGGCUGGUUGUCAUACCAGAGCCUCUGUUGAGACCAUUUAUAAAUCUCCCAUCUUUCAAACCUUUGAUCCUCUAGGAACCCCUAUAACAAAUACCCUGAAAACAUCUCCAGCUCCUCAGCAGUACUGUGGGCCUAAUGUAGCUAGCUUACGAAACCUCCACUUUUUAACACCAAGCAUUGUAGAGGCAGUUGGUUUGAGUGGUGAUCUCGCCCCCAGACCAGAUCUCAAGGAACGGAUUGCACAUUCUUUUUCUCCUUGCCCAGUGUCUGAUGUAGAUGACAAUGCUAGCAUUUUAAGCCUACUACCUGAUAAUUCAAAAUGUUCUGUUGAGAAAAAUGAUAGCUUUAGGAGCAGAACUUAUCAUGCUUCUGGUGAAAGUUGGGCAAACAAUUUAGUGGAGGAAGAACUUGCUGGAUCUAACCCUACGUAA